CACACACACACACACACACACACACACACACACACACACACCACGCCAGACACAGGAUGGCAAGACGCAAGGGCAAGAGGGCUGCUGCUCAACGCGGGGUGAAGAAAGAGGAGGAGGAGGAGGAACAGGUUGCGGAGAUGGACGUUGUCGCGGACGUGAGGGAAGAGGAGGUGGAGGAGGAGGAAGUGAAGGACGACGAGAGCAGUGGCGAAGAACAACAAGAACACGAGGAGUAUUUGGACGAGGAAAGCGAUGAUGCAGAGGAAGACGAUGCAGAAGAUGACGAAGAUGACAAUGACCAGGAGAAUGAGGAUGACGAGGAUGAGGACAUCGUGUCUACAUUCAAGUUGACGAAAGGCGGCAAGGCCGAACGCAGUGGUCAGGCCGGUCAAGGUGAUGACGGAGCUGUGCGCCUGUGCAUGUGCGCGGGCACGUACGAGCAUGCGCUCUAUGGGUAUGACUGCUACGUGAAGCGCAACCCCGAGGAUCCCGUGGACGCCACUGCGUGCCGGUUCAGCAAGACGUUUGUGCUUGAGGCCCACACCGCCAUCGUCUCUGCCAUUGGGUCUGGUGGCCGCUUUGUCAUUACGGGCAGCGUCGACGAGCAGCUCAGGGUGUUUGAUGUGAAGAAGAAGGUUGAGGUUGGGCUCUUGACGCUGCACGAGGGCACCAUCACGGGCAUUGCGUUUCACGAAGGAUCCAACGUGAUCACUGCGGCGGAUGACGGCGUGCUUUGCAUCUGGGACACCCAAGAUUGGGUCAACCUCAAGACCCUCAAGGGCCACAAGGGCGGGAUCACGUCGGUGGCCGUGCAUCCGUCUGGCAAGAUUGCGCUGUCGCUGUCCCGUGACCGCACCCUGCGUAUCUGGAACCUCCUCAAGGGACGCUGCGCCUUCACCGCAACGCUCAGCCAAGUUGGCGAGCAGGUGCUGUGGUCGCCUGACGGCACAAAAUACGUCAUCAUCAGCAACGACAAAGUGGAGGUGUUCUCCAUGGCCACCAGCGCCAUCAUCUGCAGCUUUGAAAGCCCCUGCAGGGUCAACGGCGCAGCGUUUGUCGACUCGCGCCACCUUGCGUUUGGCGGGUACAGCCCUGUGCUGUAUGUCGUCGACGUUGACACAUCCGCCAUUGUCACCGCGUUUCCUGCACACGAGACAAGGAUCAAGAGCGUACAGUCUGGUCCGCGCAACGCCGAUCACAGCACAUAUGUCGUCAUGACGGCCGACUCCAAUGGCAUCAUCAAGGCGUGGUCGUGUCGGGAUUUGCUUGAGGCCGGCGUGCAAAUGGACGACGCUCAGGAUGAUGAUGAUGAUGAUGAUGAUGAUGAUGAUGAUGAUGACGAUGAUGACAACGGUGACACUAGUGAUGGUGCAGCUGUGGAGGGUGCUCCGGCAAAUAGAGGCAGUGACAAAGCCGACAACAACGACGACGACGAUGCUGACGCAAAUGACAACAACAGCAGCAGCAGCAACAACAACAGUGGUGAUGACGAUGAGGGUGCCACGGCUGCGGUGAGGCGAGAGGUUGUGCCACUGGCUGUUGUCAACACGUUUUCGCGCGUGACGUGCAUGACGGUGAGCGCGCCGUUUUCGUCGCGCACGCAGCGCACAGCGAUGCAGCAGGUGAAGGCGAAGGUGAAGCGAGAGCUGAUGGAGGGCAUGCGUGACGAGGCCUCGGCUGCGAAGACACUGCAGGCGUUGCGGGACCGUGUUGCGAACAGGGAGGCGGCAGACGCGAAGAAGAGGGGCAAGCGCCCCAACGAGAUUGAGGUUGUGCCCGUGGAUACACCAGCUGGUGGGCGGGGUGCACACGGCCGUGACGGUACCGCUGCAAACGCUGCUGCUGCUGCUGCUGCCGUGAAGCGAGCGGUGGCCAAGGGGCAGGUGCUGAAGAAGGACAGGAGGCAGAAGACAGACAAGCGCAAGCACAAGCACAGGAACGGUGAUGAUGGUGCUGGUGGUGGUGAUGGGCAGGGCGUGAAGAAAAAGGCAAAGAGGACGCCCCAGCAUAGGCAGCGAGGCAACAGCGGCCCACACGCUGACAACGGUAGCAAGCCCACGCGUGGUGCAGGGAGAAGCAGGGGUAAAGGAAUGGCAUUUCGUCGCAAGAAGAAGCAGCAGUAGCUGCGGCAGUAGCAGCUAGAUGUGGUCACAUGCGAUUUGCGCCAUUUGUUGCCGUCUCGUGUACCGUUUGGUGUUGCAGUGUUGACUGUUUGCGUUUUUUGUUUGUUUGUUUGUUUGUUUGUUUUGAAUGUGUCUUCAGUGUUGGCUUGUCAUGCACUUGUACGAUUCCUUUACUCUUUGCUAUGCAAGACUUGUCUAGGUUUGACCGCUGUUGUGUACGUAUGUGCGUGUGUGGACAGAGCAAACGACGCCAUGCAACCAAACCAAUCGUGCUGUUGAUGUAACCACAGUCCACAUCAUCACGACAAGUGGAGCAAGCGACGCAUUGCAUGAUCACGUGUGUGUUGAGUGUUGCGCGUGCACAGCCUGUAGAAACUGGCAAAAAACGUGUCGAG